AUGCAGUCAAUCUAUGCUCAUUUUAGCCCUACGCAACGCGUUUUAUGCUCUGGCCACGCCACUCCAUCCGACUUUGGAUCAAUGCUUGCGCUGGCUAAGGAUCUCAUAGUAACGGUGGACCUCAUCAAGGAGGAGGGAAUCGGACCCGCGCAACGGGAUAUGAAUUCAAGGCGCAUCGCAAAAAGCCGCAUGAUUGGUAUCAGAGAAGACAUUCGUUUGGGUGGCUGUUCGAAGCAAGCAGACUGUUUGGGAUCGCAAAAGGAGGGCAGCAUCGCUGUCAAUUUCGCGAUCAGUGAGAUAAUGAACUGA